AUGUCUUCAAAGGACCGAACAGGCAGUGGGGCCUUUUUCUCCUGUUUGAGCUUCUCCUCCAAAAGAAUGCUCUCAAACGAUGGAACAGAUGCCGGAGGGCCGCUGGUGCUCACAAGGCUGUAUGGCUUGGACGGCGUGCUUGGAGCUGAAGAUCCCCAGGCAUUUGUAGUAUUCCAGGCGCUGGAGCCUGUAGUCACAGAAUCACUACGCACGAUUGGCGUUCCAGUGGCAGCAGAGAGGCUGCUCUUUGACGAUGGUCUGCGCUUACCACUGACCACAACAAAGUCUGGUUCGACCUCGUCGUCCGCAAUGGCACUCUCGUUAACCUCCUCGGUACUUCCCAUAGCCAGCUGCUGUGAAUACAACACUUUCGAUAAGGAACGUGGCUUUUCGGCAGCUCCUGGCACGGUAGUCUUGAUCUCCUCAAUUCUUCUUGCAGAAGACCGUCUUCUGCGUUCACUCACGCUCGUCUUCGAUGGAGUAGUUGGCUCCUCAAAAAUAGGCUUGGCAACGUCCCAUAGCAAUGGAUGA